UCUCCCCCCCACUCUCUCUCCAGAGACCACCAAAUCUCAGAGGCCUCCACCUCUUCUCCUUCCUCCCUCCCUCCCUCCCUCUUUUCCUCCUCCAUUUUCUCUCUCAAAAAUUAGGGUUACACUUUCAUGGAUAACCACCUUCAAACCUCCUCUUCAAUGGCGGCGGAUCGUAUCAAAGGCCCUUGGAGUCCCGAAGAAGACCAGCUCCUACGAAAGCUUGUUGAGAAGCACGGCGCUAGGAAUUGGUCUGUUAUUAGCAAGUCGAUUUCUGGAAGGUCCGGGAAAUCUUGUCGUCUCCGGUGGUGUAAUCAGCUCUCGCCGGAGGUUGAGCACCGGGCAUUUUCCGCGGAGGAGGACGAUAUAAUCGUCCGUGCUCAUGCUAAGUUUGGUAAUAAGUGGGCCACUAUUUCGAGGCUGCUUAACGGUCGCACCGACAACGCUAUAAAGAAUCACUGGAAUAGCACCUUGAAGCGGAAGUUUUCGUCGAUCGUCGCCGGAGAUGAGGUUUAUCGGCCGGAAAAACGGCCGGAGAUUUCUCACUCUUCUCCUCCGUUGAGUCCGUCGGAAUCUGACGUCAGCGACUCCGGCGUUGGUUUUAGGUCGGCGGUUGCGGAGGAGAAGGAGAAGGUUGAGAAUGAUCCGUUGACUGCGUUGACUCUUUCGCUUCCUGGAGUGGAAGAGCAACAUCAACAUCAGCAGCAGCAACAACCGACGAGUCGGAUUGAGGCGACGACUCAGGAGGUGAAUCAGAAGAACGAAUCGGUGAAGGAAACGAUGUCGUUUGGACCUGAGUUGAUGAAUGUGAUGCAGGAGAUGAUAAGGAAGGAGGUGAGGAAUUAUAUGGCGGAGGCUGAGAAGAGUGGGGUGUAUUUUGAUGGAGAUAUUGCUCGAAACGCCGUCGUUGAGCGAUUUUACAAUGGACAUUUCCAUUGAAUUCAAGGACAUGAAUGAAACAAAUAAUAGAUGAUAUGAUGAAGGAAGAAAUUAUCUCAAAAAAGAAAAAAAAAAAAACAUUCAUUUAUUUUAAAUCUUUUAAAAUUUCAGUAGUUUCAAAUCACAAAUUGUAUGUACAGAAAUGAGGAGUAGAAAAUUCAGUGAAUUUAGGUUUUUAAAAUGGAUAUGAAAAGCACAUUUUUGGUAGAAAUUGGUUUUUGAAUUUUAUUUAGUUUUUUUUUUUUUUCAAAUUAUGUUCUUGGCCUUGAUAAAAUCUAGUUAUUGGACUUGUUGCAUUACUAGUUCAAAUCAUACAAGCAUUUGCAUCA